GCGCCUUACAUGAAAAAGCAAUGAAAUGUGAUAAAAACAUGUUUUUAAUUAUUUGGACAGAUUUGAUCUAGAUUUAAAAAGAAAAAGAAACUCUAGUGUAAGUGGUGAUAAAAGAUCAGGAUGUAUUCAGUAUAUAAACAGAUACAUCAACCAACUGGUAUAGAACACAGUAUAUACUGUAAUCUAUACAGUACAGAAGAGAAGAACCUGGUGAUAGCUGGUGUUAAUCAACUUAUUAUUUAUAGACUAAAUAUUGAUGCUGAGGUGAUCACCAGUAGUGAUAGUGAAAAUACAGAAGAGCUACGUCGUACUAAGUUAGAAUGUGUUGGAACAUAUAGUUUAUUUGGUACUGUUAUGUCUUUACAAUCUGUAAGACUACCUGGAGCUGUUAGAGAUGCUUUAAUAUUAAGUUUCUGUGAUGCUAAGCUAUCUGUACUAGAGUAUGAUCCAGCUACACACAAUUUAAAAACUUCUUCUUUACAUCAAUUUGAAGAAAGUGAACUCAAGGGUGGUUUUGUUAGACCACAAGGUAUACCUUAUGUCCGUGUUGAUCCUGACGGAAGAUGUGCUGCCAUGUUGGUGUAUAAUACACAUCUAGUUAUUCUACCAUUUAGAAGAGAUGCUGUUAUAGAUGAUAUUGACCAAGCUACACCUGGAGGUGGUUCCUCCCCCAUCAUGUCAACGUAUAUAGUAGAUCUGAGAAAAUUAGAUGAGAAGAUAACUAAUGUUAUAGAUUUCCAGUUUCUCCACGGUUAUUACGAACCAACUGUAUUUAUUCUUUAUGAACCUUUAAUGACUUGGGCAGGUCGUGUUGCUGUGAGAAAUGAUACGUGUUGUAUCGUCGCUAUAUCUUUAAAUAUACAACAGAAAGUUCAUCCUAUAAUCUGGCAUAUCAAUUCAUUACCAUUUGAUUGUUUCGGAUCCAUAGCAAUACCAAGACCAAUAGGUGGUGUACUUGUAUUUGCUGUUAAUUCAUUAUUAUAUUUAAACCAAAGUGUUCCACCAUACGCUGUCUCUUUAAAUAGUAUAGCAGAAUCAAGUUCAGCUUUUCCUUUACGUCCUCAAGAAGGUGUAAGAAUAGCCCUUGAUUGUUCACAGGCGGCCAUGAUAUCAACAGAUAGACUUGUCUUAUCUCUUAAAGGUGGAGAACUCUAUGUUUUAACACUGGUCGUUGAUGGUAUGAGAACUGUUAGAAGUUUCCAUUUUGACAAGGCAGCAUCCAGUGUGUUAACAACCUGUACGUGUCAAUGUGAUGAUGGUUAUUUAUUUCUGGGAUCACGAUUGGGUAAUUCUCUGUUGUUAAAAUAUACCGAGAAAGCUCAAGAUAAAACGGAUAAAUCAGAAGCAGAUAAAAAAGCUAUGGAACCAUCUAAUAAGAAGAGGAAGGUAGAAGGAAGUGAACAUUUAGCAUCAGAUAUAACGGAAAUAGAGAAUUUAGAUGAAUUAGAAGUAUAUGGUGUUAGUGAUACAGCUGCUAGUACAACUAUUACAUCUUAUGUCUUUGAGGUUUGUGAUAAUAUAUGGAAUAUUUCUCCAUGUGGACAAGUCGAGAUGGGUGAACCAGCGUUUUUAUCAGAAGAAUUUGGUAACUCUAUUGAUCCAGAUCUAGAAUUAGUCACUACGUCAGGUUAUGGUAAAAAUGGUGCCUUGUCUGUUCUUCAGAGAAGUAUACGACCACAGGUAGUAACGACCUUUGAACUACCUGAUUGUAUUGAUAUGUGGACUGUAUUUGAUGCUCAAGAUCCAGAAGAAAAGGUUCCAACAGAAGGAGAAGAAAAUGAGGAAGAGGCAGCAAUCAAGGGAGGUCACUCUUUCCUUAUUCUCAGUCGUCCUGAUUCUAGUAUGGUUUUACAAACAGGAAAUGAAAUAAUGGAGUUAGACCACAGUGGAUUUAGUACACAGAAUCCGACUGUAUUCGCUGGAAAUAUUGGUGAAAAUAAAUAUAUUUUACAAGUUUCUACUAACAGUAUUAGACUGUUGGAAGGUGUAAAACAACUGCAGCAUAUACCAUUAGAUACCGGUAGUGUUAUAGCACAGUGUUCAGUAGCUGAUCCAUACGUUGUUAUUAUGAUGGAAGAUGGUCAGAUUAUGUUAUUAACAUUAAAACAAGAUAGUUACGGUUCCGGUGUUAGAUUAGCUGUUACUAGACCACAAAUAUCUACAAAAUCACCUGUAUUAGUUGUAACAGCCUAUAAAGAUGUGAGUGGUAUGUUUACGACAUCCUCCAUUACAACAGAUGACAACAUGGUUAACAAUAAAUUUGAUAAAACAGAUAAACAGCCACAAGCAGAAGACAAUAAUAUAGAAGAUGAAGAUGAGAUGUUAUAUGGUGCUUCUGAUACUUCAGUAUUCGGUUCAUCAUUUACCACCAAUACACAAGAACAAUCUAAUAGUAAAUUUAAGAAGAAAACAGAGAAAGUCAUCACUCCUACAUAUUGGGCUGUACUUUGUAGAGAAAAUGGAGAACUUGGGAUGUAUUCCAUACCUGACUUCAAAGCUUGUUAUUUUGUAAAGAACUUUCCUGGUGGUCAUAAAGUUUUAGUCGAUAGUGGGCAGGGUGUAGAAUCAGUCAAAACAAGUACAAGUUCUACGAGUGAAAACCAGGAUGUUAAGGUUCAGAAAGAAAGAGAGAAUUAUCUUGAACUGCCAAAAGUGAAAGAGUUGUUAGUCGUUGGACUUGGAUACAACAAAUCUCACCCAUAUCUUUUUGCUAGAGUAGAAGAAGAACUGUUUAUAUAUGAAGCUUUCCCCUUUCAACCUAGUCAAAGUGAAAAACACAAUCAUCUGAAGAUACGAUUUAAGAAGUACCAGCAUGAUCUCAUCUUAAAACAGAAGAAAACAGCGAAGAGUAAAAAGAAAGGAGAAUUAGAUAUAGAGACAUCUAUAGGAAAGAAAUCAUUUGUUCAAUCUAUGAGAUACUUUGAUGAUAUAUCAGGAUAUGCUGGUGUUUUUCUGUGUGGUGCUUAUCCUCAUUGGUUAUUUAUGACCUCUAAAGGUGUUUUAAGAAUACAUCCAAUGAAUAUAGAUGGUCCUGUUAUAUGUUUUACACAGUUUAAUAAUGUCAACUGUCCGAAGGGUUUUCUAUACUUUAAUCAACAGAGUGAGAUGAGAAUUUGUGUUUUACCUACUCAUGUUACAUAUGAUGCUCCGUGGCCAAUUAGAAAAUUACCGUUACGAUGUACACCACAUUAUAUCAGUUAUCAUAAUGACAGUAAGACGUAUGCAGUUGUUACAAGUACACAAGAAAUUUUUAAUAAACAGGCAAAGGUGACAUCAGAUGAAAAAGAAUUUGAAGUUGUUGAAAAGGAUGAACGAUUUGUGUACCCUACAGAAGAUGUUUUUUCUCUUAACUUAUUUACACCAAGUACCUGGGAAUUAAUACCUAACUCAAGUUUUGAGUUAGAAGAAUGGGAACAAGCUACAUCAUUGAAAUGUGUGCGAUUAAAAUCUGAAGGAACUGUAUCAGGAUUAAAGGGGUAUAUAGCUCUAGGAACCAUGUAUUGUUAUGGUGAAGAAAUACAUUCUAAAGGCAGAGUUUUAAUAUUUGAAGUGAUAGAAGUUGUCCCAGAACCAGGUCAACCGUUAACAAAAACAAAAAUAAAGCUUGUAUUAGAGAAAGAACAGAAAGGACCAGUUACAGCUAUGGCAGAUGUUAAUGGUUAUUUAUUGACAGCUAUUGGACAAAAGUUAUAUAUGUGGACAUUAAAAGAUAAUGAUUUAUCUGGUGUAGCGUUUAUAGAUACGUUUAUCUAUAUUCAUUCUUUAGCAACUAUUAAGAAUCUGAUAGUAGCUGGUGAUCUAUUGAAGAGUAUAGCUUUAUAUAGAUAUCAAGAAGAUUAUAAAGUUUUAUCAUUAGCUAGUAGGGAUAUUAAACCAUGUGAAGUUUAUGCUGUUAAUUUUCUAGUUGAUAAUAACAAUCUUUGUUUUAUAGUUUCUGACAGAAAUAAGAAUAUUUUGAUCUAUAGUUAUCAACCAGAAGCACGAGAAAGUCAUGGAGGUCAAAGACUAAUAAGAAAAGCAGAUUUUAAUUCUGGUUCACAUAUCAACACUUUUUUCCGUGUUCGAUGUAAACUCUCUGAUCCAUCUAUAGAUAAGAAAACAUUGGCUCUUGUCGAGAGAAGACAUGUCACAUAUUUUGCCACGUUAGAUGGUAGUUUAGGGUUUUUACUGCCAGUAACAGAGAAGGUAUAUAGAAGAUUAACUAUGUUACAGAGUAUAAUGUUAACAUUAAUACCACAUUUAGCUGGUCUUAAUCCUAGAGCUUAUAGAGCUGUCCAGACUACCACACCUGAACUGUGUAAUCCAUGUAAGAAUGUAUUAGAUGGAGAAUUAUUAUGGAAAUUUUUACAUCUAAGUUAUAAUGAAAGAAAUGAAGUCUCUAAAAGAAUUGGUACUUCUACAGAUCAGUUAAUUGAUGAUCUCAUGGAAAUUGAAAGAGUUUCAGCACAUUUUUAGACGUACAACAGAUUAAAUCUUGAUGGCUGGAGAUGUUCAUAACAUUUCUAACAUUUAUAUGUUCAUAACAGAUUAAACUUGAUGACUGGAUUGUUUAAGUGGCAUUUAGUAUCUGGAUGAGAAUAACACAUGACACAAUUAUAUAGAAUACAAGUUAUGCUUGAAAAAUUCAUUUCUGGUGAUGUUUGGACAAGGGUUCUCUUGUCUUGAUUAAGCCAACCUUUCAAGUAACUUGUAUUCUAAAUAAUUGUGUCAUAUGUUAUUCUCAUCCAGUUACUAAAUGCCACUUAAACAAUUAUAUGGAAUACAAGUGUUCUCUUGUCUUUAUCAAGCAGAUCUUUCAAGUAACUUGUAUCCCAUUUAAAGAUGGGUUCCCGCGUACAAACUCGGUGAUUUAAUGGUAUAUAUGGACCAAAAACAUAUUCAAACUAAUUAAUUUGUCAUAAUUAUGCUUCAAAUCCUUCUCAAACAUUGUAAUUGCGAAGGAAUGCCCUGCUAUUAAAAUUCGAUCAAACCAGGUCAUGUUUACGUCACAUCUUGGGAAUCAGAGGAGAAUUCAUUGCAUACAUAAGACGAUGUUGUCUUUAAUUGCUUACUAUUUAUUACAAAUAUCGAAUCCUAAUUAAAUUCUCGGAUUAUCCACUACCCGUGUCUUUUUCCGUCAUUUUUAUCUCAGAAAGUAUUGUACGUUUAACUCUUCAUAAAGUUUAUCUACUUGUACAUCAAGCGCUCAAUGUUCGCUUGUGACCUUUGACAUCACGCGUGCAGAAGUUCUUAAUCGUCGGGCUGUUGAUUAGGGGAACCCUUACAUUUUUGUCCUGUAUACGCUCCAUGAGUGUUUUUCGGGGAAUCCAGUAUUUUUCUAGUAAGAUUGGAUAUCUCUACUUUCCAUAUAUACCAAAAUUGCCAUACUUUUAUUGGAAAUAACCACCCGAUAAAUACUUUUCUGGGAACCCAUCUUUAAUUGUUACUUGUGUUAUUGAUGCCUGAAGUUAUUCAUAACAUACAUUAACAUUGUAUAGUGCUUUAAAGACUAGCUUUGUAUAUAAGAAAUAGAAAAAAGAUUUGAUCAUUUCAGACAUUUGUAUAUUAGCCUUUUCAAUUUGAUUUUCUUUUGAAAAUCACUUUUCUUUUUGUAUAUAUUAUUGCGAAUCAUUCAUUUUGUUCUGUUCACAUUUUAAAUCAUAUCGCGUAAAUAUUUUCAUCCUCUUGUAACAUUCAUUCAAAUAUAAUAACUUGUCCAUUUAUCAAGAUCAAAAGUUCAUUCACCCAGGUGAAGAGUAAUAGGACGUUAAACCCCAUUUUAUUUCAUUUAUGAUUUAGGUGUAAUAGAACUGUAACGAAACCUCAUUCUGUCUAUGCUGCAUGUUAAAAUAUUUGCCCAGUGCUUUAAUAAAUGUUUAUAGUAAAUGCAGCAUACAUUGUAACAAUUGUUGUAUUAAUUAGGCCACAAUAAAAAAAAUAUCUGUGUUUAUGGUUAUCAAACCGGUCUCUAUUUUUUCCCCGAAAUUGCAGACCCUGAGGUGUUUUUUUUUCUCAUUUCCCAGGUUCUAUAACUUCGUCUUGGUGUACUUUUCUCUGGACAAAUUCCAACACUGAAAUUUCAGUAUUAUUUUCAAGAAACUUAGUUAAACAAAACCCAAGUAAACACAGGUAUUUUUGUUUUCUUGGCCUAAUAUAAAGUGAUCCCAGUGUUUUGUAUACUAAUUGUUAUAAAUAAAAAAAUAUUAUCAUC